GCCAAAGUGGCAGGUCUCUCUUUCAAACCCCGCAACGCGUCUCUUUCGACGCGCACUCCAUCCGCGACGGCGUACAUACAGCGAUCCAGCUCUCCUUCCGCCGUCCGUCCUCCGACGUACCGCGAGGUCAUUAUGGCGGCAGCAGUACCGGUCCCAUACCACACACUCGAGGAAUCCCCUAAUUCGCGAACCAUCAAGAUCGGAGACUGGGAGAUCACUGCGCGCACGAAUCCUAUCUCCAAUGCGGGCGAACUGGACGCGUUACAGGCGGCGGUCGGUGGGAUACCGCUUCCCGAAAUGACAUUUGGAAACAAUGGGCUGAAGCUUCUGCACAAGCCCAGUGGAUGGCAGUAUGGCUUUGGUACGGAGGAAGCCUUGAAAGGCGUGAAGAACGGUGAACUGGAGCACGGAGACGGAGGUGUCAAAGUCGGAUAUGCGGAUGCAUGGCUGAAAAGCAGAACAGGACCAUCUUCUCAACUUCCGAUGCCUAAAACCGUCCCGACCAAGCCGUAUGACUGGACGUACACGACGAUCUACGGCGGCCAUACACUCUCGUCUUCGUCCAGCACCACCCAGUGGACACCCGCAGAUCCUGAUAACCCGAAGCAUACCAUCCCCCUGGCCGAGCUUACGCGCCAUGACCCUAUUCUGUUCUAUGCUGAGAUCCCGCUAUACGAAGAUGAACUACACGACAACGGUUCAUCACAUCUGCUUGUCAGAAUCCGUGUGAUGCCGACGUGUGUCUUCAUCCUGUCACGCUUCACCCUUCGAGUGGAUAACGUCCUCUUCCGGGCACUCGACACUCGAAUAUACCAAGCCUUUUCCUCCUCACCACCUCUCGUGGUUCGAGAGACAAGUGGAUGGGAGGCACCAUAUGCCUGGGUCCAGAAAGUGGAUACAAUACCUCCCCUUUAAACAUCGCUAUCGCUGACAUAUGGGAUUAGCGACUACCGAAGCGUGAUGACUUGACACCGUUGACCGACCCCAUGUGGAUCGCCAAGAUCCUCAGUGAGAUGUCCUCAGAGGUCUCGCAGCAAGCUGGGGCCGGUACGAAGUGGAGGGGACUUGGCACGAGAACCGAAGUUGCGGUUCUGAAUAAUUGAUGAAG